UAAAUUAUCAUUAAGCUUUUUACAGCACUUUCCAACCAUUUAAAUACCACGGUCUUCAAGCUUAUUUUCAUUACAUUCGUGGACAUUGCCGAGGCGAAGACAACCUUCACUAAGCAAAAUGGGGUCACAACUUUAUAGAAGCGCACUUUUUGCAAUCGUGUUAGCCACCAUUUUGAUCGAUGGAACUUUGGCCAAAAACGUAAAGCAUCCUCCAGCUCUAACCCAAGUAAUGGAAGUUGGGUCGGACAUCACCAUCUUGGCCCCAAUCAUGUGUAUUGAUGAGAACCCAUAUCCAGAUCUUAAUGACACAACUGGAACCUGGUAUUAUCAGUGCUUUUGGGUGGAGGAGCAACAGAUUUGGGGGGCAUUUCAUACGCAAUGUCCCGAUAAAGCUUAUUUCGAUAAGGAGUACCUUACUUGUCUGGAAGCUCCCACCACACCUGCACCGUUCGUGUGCGUUAGUGAUGGUAUAUUCGUACACGAAGAUUGUACAAAAUAUUAUAAGUGCAUCACCAUUGCUGGCACAAUAAGAAAGUACGAGACAACUUGUCCAGCAAACAGUCACUUCAACCCCGCGAACUCAUUGUGCGCCAUUGGGCCCUGUCCGACACCUUAAUCCUAAUUUCAAAAAACUUGAAUAAUAAAUGACAUGAUGACAUGAUCUGAGUGUCACAUGAUUGAAAUUUU